AUGCCUGCCCAACUCGCCGAUUUCGAUGGAAAUGACGUGACGAUCGAUCAGUUUGAGAGUGUUUCAGUGCCGAUUCCAAGACGAGGCGUCCAUUACGGAGCGCCAACGAGUCAGAAGAUAAACAAUGCGCUGAAAGAUGAGAAAAGGAAGGGAAGUGAUCUGGGAGGACCGAGAAGUGGGCCCAUGUUCGCCCCGUUGUGCGCCAGUGUCGAUUGCAACUUUGAUGAAAACGUAAGAGCCCUGAUACCAGUGAAAGAAAUAUUCAAUGUGUUUUUUUCAGACCCUCUGCAAUUAUCUCACAAGCUCCACAAACACGACUGCCGACGACGGAAGUUCCCUCAAGAAGUGGCAACUUUCCAAUCGAAGCGUCCUCAAUUCGCUCACCGGAAUCCCAUCGGAUCUUUCCAAAGGUUUUCAUUGUCACCACCCUCCUCCUCCCUCAAACAUCCAUUUCAGGUGGUUAUUUCCUCUUCGCCGGCGGUGCUACAGUAACUCCCGGAGACACUUUCAUCCUAUCCUCAGGCCGCCCGUUCACAGUUUCCGAGCCGGCAAGGGUCGAUUUCUUUGUCUACCAAGCAGGAAUCCGCGGUCAUUUCCGAGUGUGUGUGGAUGACGAAGAUGAAUGUCCGGUGAUUUUGGAAGGAAAGUGAGGACUCCCUAUGUUCAAGUGUCUGUUAGAGCUCUCUUGCUUGCAGAGACAUCGACGUGAACUCUCAGAAAUGGAAGAACUUCUAUUUUGACCUCAGCGCCGGCCAACAUGUGCUCCAUUUCGUCGUCGAAGGGCUCCACGACAACUAUGUGAUUGGAUUGGAUAACAUUCAACUGCUGAACAGAUUCGGAACCAGUUCUUUGGCAUGCUGA